CUUGAGGUGACUCAGUCCUUCUUUUCCCCCCAUCAUCUCCACCUCCUCUCUCUCGUGUUCAAUCGAUACCCAUUGAACUAUAGAGACCAUGGCGAGGCAGCUCUGCAAUUUGCUCCGCCGGCCGCUUCGGCUUCGGUCUACCCCGUCGCUCGGGGCUUCCAGCGGGAGAAUUGCCCUCCUCCCACGAUCCAACGCCACAUCCCUCCCCCCUCGCUCCAUUCGCGCCCUCAGCACGACCCCGAUUGCCAGGGCCCAAGGCUUUCACUCGCAGCAAGAGCAGGCCCCCUCGACCACUCCCUCCGAGACCCGCACGCCGCAGACCCUGACGGAGAAGAUCGUGCAACGCUAUGCCGUCGGUCUCCCCCCUGGGAAGUUCGUUCGCAGUGGCGACUAUAUCAGUCUGGCGCCCGGAUACUGCAUGACGCAUGACAACUCGUGGCCUGUGGCUCUCAAGUUCAUGUCCAUGGGAGCCACCAAGGUGCACAACCCGAAGCAGAUCGUCAUGACCCUCGACCACGACGUCCAGAACACCAGUCCCCAGAAUUUGAAGAAGUAUCAGCAGAUCGAGGAGUUUGCGGGCAAACACGGCAUCGACUUUUAUCCUGCAGGACGGGGUAUUGGACACCAGGUGAUGGUGGAGGAAGGGUACGCGUGGCCCGGCACCAUGGCAGUCGCCUCCGACAGUCACAGCAACCACUACGGUGGUGUCGGCUGCUUGGGCACCGCCGUGGUUCGCACCGACGCGGCCAGUAUCUGGGCGACCUCGCGCACCUGGUGGCAGAUUCCCCCGGUGGCCAAGGUCACCUUUACUGGCACGCUCCCCGUGGGCGUGACCGGUAAGGACGUGAUCGUCGCGCUGUGCGGUCUCUUCAAGAGCGACGUCCUGAACCACGCCAUUGAGUUCACCGGUUCCGAGGAGACCAUGGCCAGCCUGCUCGUCGACAGCCGCCUGACGAUCGCCAACAUGACCACCGAGUGGGGCGCGCUCACCGGUCUCUUCCCCAUCGACACCACCCUGAAGCGCUGGCUCCGGUACAAGGCGACCGUUGCUGCCCUGUCUGAUGACCGUUCCACUCGCGAGCGCAUCACGCACGAGAGAAUCGAGGAGCUGUUCGCCAACCCCCUCACCGCGGACCCCGAUGCUCAAUAUGCCAAGCAGCUGUACCUCAACCUCUCCACCCUCUCUCCCUAUGUCUCUGGCCCCAACUCCGUCAAGGUCGCCACCCCCCUGGCUGAGCUGGCCGCCAAGAACAUCAAGGUCAACCGCGCCUACGUCGUCUCCUGCACCAACUCCCGCGCCUCGGAUAUCGCCGCCGCCGCGCAAGUCUUCCGCACCGCGGCCAAGGCGAACGGCGACGUCACCCCCAAGAUUGCCGACGGCGUGAAGUUCUACAUCGCGGCCGCCUCCGCUCCUGAGCAGGAGGCUGCCGAAUCCACCGGCGACUGGCAGAUCCUGCUCGAGGCCGGCGCGCAGCCGCUUCCCGCCGGGUGCGGUCCGUGCAUUGGCCUCGGAACCGGUCUGCUGGAGCCCGGCGAGGUGGGCAUUAGUGCCAGUAACCGCAACUUCAAGGGUCGCAUGGGCUCGCGUGACGCGCAGGCCUAUCUGGCCAGCCCCGAGGUCGUCGCCGCCAGUGCCCUCAGCGGCAUGAUCUCCGGCCCCGGCACCUUCCAGGUGCCCCCGGAGGAGUGGCUGGGGGUGGACCACGGCUUCGGCACCGGUGCGGAGCCCACCACUGAGCAGCAGCUCACCAACCUCCUGGAGCAGAUGGAGUCCUUCAUUGACCGGGUGGAGACCGCCCAGGGCUCGACGGAGAAGGCGGCCACCGAGAUCCUGCCCGGUUUCCCCGAGCGCAUCAGCGGCGAGAUCGUCUUCUGCGAUGCCGACAACCUCGACACCGACAGCAUCUACCCCGGCAAGCUCACCUAUCAGGACAACGUCUCGAAGGAGGACAUGGCCCGUGCCUGCAUGAUGAAUUACGACCCCGAGUUCAAGGACGUCGCCAAGCCCAGCGACAUCCUCGUUGCCGGCUUCAACUUCGGCUGCGGCUCCUCCCGCGAGCAGGCCGCCACCGCCAUCCUGGCCAAGCAGAUCCCGCUCGUCGUCGCUGGUAGCUUCGGCAACAUCUUCUCCCGCAACAGUAUCAACAACGCCCUGAUGGGUCUCGAGGUGCCCCGCCUCGUCGAGCGCCUCCGCGCCACCUUCGCUCAGCCGGCCGGUGCGGAGCGCCAGCCCACCCGCCGCACUGGUUGGACCUUAACGUGGGACGUCAAGCGCAGCCAGGUCGAGGUGCAGGAGGGUGAGGGCGGCGAGAGCUGGACGGAGCCGGUGGGCGAGCUGCCCGCCAACGUGCAGGCGAUCAUCGCCGCUGGCGGUCUGGAGGCCUGGGUUAAGGGCGAGGUCGCUAAGGCGGCGUAAAGGUAGAACUCUAGACGCGAUGAAGAAAAGACUGAUUAGACCUUUGUGUUGGAAGCAUGUACAUAUCCUUAGCGCUAUCUGAAU